AUGCUGACGGCCGAUAUUGCGUUGUUGCAUGAUGAAAGUUAUCUCAAAAUAUCGAAAGAGUUUGCUGCAGACCAGUCCGCGUUGGACGACGCGUUCUCUCGUGCCUGGUACAAACUUACGUCGCGUGACAUGGGUCCUGUUUCUCGGUGCCGGGGUAAUGACGUUCCUCCGGCUCAGCCAUUUCAGAACCCGUUGCCACCUACGCCCGCAAUUCUUCCAAAUUUUGAAGCAGUUCGUGCAGACAUUCGAAACCUGCUUCAUAAGUCGAUGGGAAAUCUUGAGAGUGAUAAAAGCAGUGACGGCGCAGCGUACAAUGGUGGUCUGUUCGUGCAUGCAGCUUGGCAGUGCGCUUCGACAUUUCGCAUCACAGACUAUGCCGGGGGGUGUAACGGCGCCAAAAUCCGCUUUGCACCACAAAAAGACUGGCCAAUAAACGCUGGUGUAGACAAGAUCAUCGCUGUGCUGGAACAACUAUGA